AUGUUGGAAGCAUUGUUUGGAAAAAAGAAGACCCCCGCAGAGAUGCUUAGGGAGAACAAGCGGCAGCUUGAUAAAGCCAUCCGGGAGCUCGACCGCGAGCGAAUGGGCUUACAACAGCAGGAAAAGAAAACUAUCAUGGAGAUUAAAAAAAUGGCCAAAGAAGGGCAGAUGGACGCGGUCAAAGUGAUGGCGAAGUCCCUGGUUCGAAACCGCCACGCGGUGACCAAGAUGUACGGUCUCAAAUCGGAGCUGCAAGCGGUAUCGCUGCGACUAGCGACCCUGAAGUCCACCCAGGCGAUGGCGGAUGCGAUGCGUGGGGCGACCAAGGCCAUGCGCGCCAUGAACCGGCGCCUCAACCUGCCCAACCUACAAACCAUCAUGCGGGAGUUCGAGCGACAGAACGAGCGCAUGGAGAUGACCAGUGAAAUGAUGGGGGAUGCGGUGGACGAUGCGCUCCAGGACGAAGGCGAGGAGGAGGAGACGGACAACCUUGUUAAUCAGGUCCUUGACGAGAUCGGCAUCAGCAACAUGACUGAGUUGGCGGCGGCGCCGGGGACACGCAUUGCCGAGAAGCCUCAGGCCGCACCGGCCGUGGCGGAGGCGGAGGGCGGGGCGGGGCUUGAUGAAGAUCUGCAAGCGCGACUUGAUAACCUGCGCAAGUCCUAGGGAUCCUAGGGGGUCUUAGGGGGGGUCCUAGGGGUUCCUAGGGGUCGACGGGGGUGACCUUAUCCUUAGGUGUGUGCCGCGGCGCUACGAGCUACGUCAGUCAGGCCGCACUUGUCCCCAGCUGCGUAAACCGGUGAGUGACUGCUGCACCGAAAGCUGCCAGUCCCGCAGUCAGCCGACGCAGCCAGCUGAAGGGGCGCAGUGGUCGACCAACCCACCGUGUAGCUGAUGCUGUCCCGGUCUGGCACACGGUUCUUCUGAUAUGUGGUGUAUCGCGGCGUGGGUUUGGCAAGUUGGGAGGAUUUAUGUGGAGGGAUGGAAUGUGGCGGGUUGGCUGGCGCUGAGGCUGCCGCGAUUGGUUGGUUGGUUAGUUGGUUGGUUGGUUGGUUGGUGUUAUGGGCACGGCAGUGAAGCAGGAUUGGUGCCGGGCCAGUUAAAGCGGGUAAUGACGACGUCGCUUGGCGCAUGGACUGUUUCAUCAUCAUCAUCAGCAGCAGCAUCUCCGGCAGAAUAGUUACCUGUCAGUUUUGCAUUAGCUAAAGGUUGACCACGGUUUGACUGGAGUGAAGGAUUUUCUUACCGCGAACGAGGAUGAAGGGUGUUUUGUUUGAUCAGAGGCUUGAUACACACCGACCUGACCCGUUACAUGAGCACCGUUGCAAGAUCUGCAGGGGCUGCGCGGUAGUUAAGUGGCUUUUUACUGGACAGUGCUGGUAAGCGACAUUGACAGUUGCGUCUCGUGUGUGUGUGUGUGUGUGUUUCGUAAUGCUGGUUUGUGUGUUUUGGACGAGACAUCAUCGGCCGCUGUUCAUGUUUCCGGUCGGGUAAGAAGGAACACAG